AUGGAAGGGUAUUUUUCUUCCACAAAGGAAGAAACACAUGAUCUACAGCGCUUUUACCGAAUACAGCGCGGCAUGAAUCUGAGCGGGCGGGAGAGGAGAAGAGAAAGGGCCGCACAAGCACAGCAGCACGCGUGGGACGGCUCGAGGCCAGCCAAAAUUACUAACAAUACCAGCCGGUGGGAUGGGACAAAGAAACGGCUAUUACGUCAAACGGGCGGGCAGAGAAAGUCCCGUGGGGGGGGGGGUGGGCGCGAAAAAGAAAUGCGUCGACAGCAAUGGGUUGACAGUGAUGCUCCGAAAAACCGGAUUUCGCGACUCGUAAAUAACAGGAGACCACGAAACAAAAAAAAGGAAGGGAAGAAAGAAAAAAAGGGUGAUGCGUUUGCUGCUGCGGCGGUUUCUCUGGACGGAGGUGGGCGGUGUGUCAAACAGAAACAGCGGGAAACGGAGACGGAAGCGGCAUUUUCAGUCGUUUUUUCUGUUCUCUUUCUCUCCUUUUUUUCUUUUUUUGACAGCUGUCCAAUGGCAAGCCCAAAAAUACAAAAAAAGGGGGGGCUGCGUGCGGCCCUGUCUGGGCCAACGCAGCCAAUCAGCAACACGCGGCAAGAGGUUCCCGUUUCCGUAGCUGCCAAAAGGGGGAAAGAGGGAAGACGCGCCCGCAGGCGGCAAGAGCUACACGUAAGCGACUCCCCAGACAAUGACUGCCGCGUACGUCGCGGUGAUGUCACGCCCGUUUGCGGUAAAUAUAAAACAACAAGCACACAAUGGCUGAGCACAGGAUUAUGUCAGUCACGUCCUAUGUUUUGUUUUUUGUUGAGACUGUCUUCUGUCCUUCCGUCCGUCGCUGUCUCUCUCUCGCUCUGUGCCCGUUCCUCCGAGACCGGAAGCAGCCCAGGGGUAAACAAAGAGACGCUGUCUAAGGAAAGGUGGGGUGGAGCGUGGAAGGGCGUCCCUCUCUCUCAUCCCACGUCUUCUUCUCGCAGCUGUCAAUAUUGGGUAAUUCCCGCUUUUCCCAUCUUUUGGUCCUUUGUUGCUGUCAAUGGGCUGUAUACUAUAACUUACUUAAUUGUGCGUGCGUGCAUAAUAAUUCUCGGGGGGAGAAGAAGAGAGUGGCAGCGCAGACGAAGGUACGGGUUUUGUGCGCACAACAUAAUCACCGAAUUCUCGUUUCUCUUUGUUCUUCCGAGUCAUUUUCCGCUUGCUGCAUCUGCACAAUACUCUCUCUCUCCAGGGCAAUUCUUCUCAAUCUACAAGUAA